GCUAGUUGGACAGCAGUAAAGAGGACUAGAUGUACAGACUGAGGAGGACUGCCCGCUUAUUUUAAAGAGGGAAAUUAGCUGCUAUGUUAGUCUGAAGAAAACUAAGGCGCUGACAACUCUGUAAACCGGAUACAGAGCUACAUUGGACUAUUUAAUUCAUUCAGUAGCACUGAAAGAACUGCAGUUUUCCCAGAUGGAAGUUGAAUGUCUCGCACUGAAAGACCUCACAAGUCCCAGGAAAAGUUUCACAGUAGAGAGGGAGGAGGAUGGGGGCCAGAGUGAACAAAAGGAAAACAUCUGCACAGAGAGGAGAAGAUCCACACCCCUUAAAUCUGCAGAGUCCACCAUCCCCGCGUUGCUGAUUGGCAGAAAGGGCGCUGCCCCUGACCUGGCCCACAUCACCCCCAUCAAACACACAGCCCUGGCCGAGCCCUGGACGCCCACAGCCAAUCUGAAGAUGCUGAUCAGUGCCGCGAGCCCAGACAUCCGGGACAGAGAGAUGAAAGAGAUGAAAAAGGUGCUGUUUAGACCCAUCGAGAAUGAGAAGGACAAGCCAGCGAGCCCAGAUGCUGUGGCAGAGGAUACAGAAGACUCUGGUCAGUUUGAAGCUGCGGAGGAAGAGGACGACGCUGACAAAAAGCCGAGCAGGAAGCAGAAGAGCCUGGGUCUGCUGUGCCAAAAGUUCCUGGCCCUCUACCCUGAUUACCCGCCGCCACACAGCCCCAUCUGGAUCUCACUGGACGAGGUGGCGAGCAGUCUUGGAGUGGAGCGAAGGCGCAUCUACGACAUCGUCAACGUGCUGGAGUCUUUGAAUAUUGUGGGUCGGAUAGCCAAGAACAGCUACACCUGGUACGGUCGCCUGCGGCUGGAGGCCACGCUGGAGGAGCUGCAGCGGAGGGGUCGGCAGCAGGGAUACCACCUCCAGAUGGAGCUGAGCAACGGGGACAGGGAGGCCGGGCCGGGGCGCGAGGAUGACGCCACGGAAGGAGACGCUGGCAACGCUGGUAGCAACAGGAAAGACAAAUCUCUUCGCAUCAUGAGUCAGAAAUUCGUCAUGCUGUUUCUGGUGUCCAAAACUCAGACGGUUACUCUGGACGCAGCAGCAAAGAUCCUCAUCGAGGAGAGUCAGGACUCGUCCAGUCACAGCAAGUACAAAACUAAGGUACGGCGACUGUACGACAUUGCAAAUGUGCUGACCAGCCUGGGCCUCAUACAGAAGGUCCACGUGCGUGAAGAGAGAGGCAGGAAGCCGGCCUUUAAAUGGCACGGCCCCGUGGAAUUCAACAACUCUGGAAAUGCUGCUGUAGGAAAUACUGUGAAUGUGGCAGCUGCCACUCUGACUGACAGAGCCAAGAUGACACGGCACGCCUCCUUCAACAUCACACCAACUUCUGUGGCCGUACAGCGGCUGGUCAACUCUGCACCAAACAGUCCCCGACGUGACCUAACAGGUCUGCCAAACCAGCCUGUGGAUUAUUCCAAAAAAUCUACAAUCAACAAUGCAGUGUGUCGACUGCAGUUUGGAAACAGCACUGAGAACCGUCCUACCUGCAGCAGCAGCAUGCUAGCUCCGUCCUCCAACCAUCCCACCCAGCUGGCACCUCCCCUCCACCCAGAGCAUCUCUUUGCACCCUCCUCCUCUUCACACUGCUUGGCCUACCUGCCCAGCCUGUCCCAGCCCUCUGUGGUCAUGCUGUACAGGGCGCCAGACAAGCCGGACCAGAUGCCUGACGGUCAGAGGUCGCCCAGUUUGACGUCUGAGGAGGGAAGGAAGAGACGGAGGGAAGAAAGGGAAGAGGAGGAGGAGGCGGUGGUUAAAAAGAAGGGAACAUCCGGGUUAGAGGAAUGUGACAUGCUGAGAGCACAAACAGCGAGUUCACAAACGGGUAACACCAGGACUUCCCCCAGUCACCCAGCAGGCCUCUCCAGAGAGCGCAUGCCCGAUGAGAGCUUCAGUGCCAACAGCAGCAGUGAGCCCGCUCAGCCAUCACACUACCUCUACGUACCCAACAAUGCAGGUCUGAAUAGCCUCAACUUCCUGCUGUCUGCUGGCCAGUCACCAGCCGGUCUAUCCCUCCCUCCCAGCAGUGUUCCCACCCUGGCGCUGCCCUACGUCCUGGUGCCCUCUGCAGCCCUCUCCCACUACCCCCUGGUGGCCAGCGGUCUCCAACAGCAAGGCUCUGACGCCCAUAACAAACUGAGCUUCAGCCUGCCUGCUAUGAUGUCAUCUGCACACUUCAUGGUGGGGGCGCCACCGUACGGCCUGGCAGCACCAUCACCGGAUAUCAGCAGGUCGUCUCUUCCAUCACCGUCCACUCCAGAACAGAGCAGGGUGUACGGGUCAGUGGGCACGCCACAUUCUCCCUCAGGACCACGUCAGACUGUCAGCAUCAGCACACCAGAACCACUGACUCCACAAACUCAGAAGGAAACCACACCAUCUGCCUCUAAGGCUUUCUUCCAGACCCCAGGCACUCUGGGAAGUGUAGUCAACGCUGCCCCAGCUGCCCGAAAAAGAGGCUCAGCACAGAGGAGACUGGACGUCGGCCAUCCCCCGACCAGUUAAACAUGAGAGGAGAUGGAAAAGAUGGCUGACAUGCUGUUUAACACUCAGGUGUUGAUCCUAAAAUUGAAAAAUAUGGUUUCAAAGCAUUGGUGCUUUGUUUUUUAAUGACUUAAAAGUGUUCCUUCCAAAAUGUAACAAAAUACAGAGCUAAAAUUAACUAUUUUCUAAAAUACAAAACAUUUUGAAAAGCAGAAAUCUUGCAGCUGAUUUUUUUUUUUAAUGGUUAUUUUUAAAAGAAACUGUUCCGUUAUUGGUUGUGACCAAAUGUGCCUCAUGGUUCAAUUAUGGGACACCAGAGUGAAUGAGUGAAGCAGUAUUGCCAAUGUCACAGUGCCCUCCUGUGGUGGGAGUGGGCCACUGUUCUAUUUUAUAUUUCAGCCUUAAUGUUCCCUCCCAGACAUGAUCACGCUACCUAAUUCCCCAUCACUUGUGUAUUAUAGCCCAAUUGCUAUUUAUAUUUUAGCUAAUAUAUGUUGAUUACAGGGACUGUAAUGGAACAUUGUUUCUAGCACUAAGUAUGUGACAGAAUGUCUGAUUCUGAAUUGAAUGUCGUUAGUUGGCCCCUUUAGGUUUUGUUACAUUAUCAAGGUAUAAUAGGAAAUCUAUUAGCAGCUGAGUUUACACCAUCAGUAGCAGACAAUCCUCUCUUGGCUCAUUUUAAAAAUUACUGUGAGGAUAAAAUCACUAAAGCCUUAAAUGUUUACAGCCAGAACAGUUCUUGAACUUGUCGGUGCAUUAUUUAGUCGUCAGGAAGGUAAAUGUUACUGGUGCUGUGCUUGUUCUCACUGCAACCAUAGUGCUGAAUGGUUAAACAGCAAACCCUUUAGCUCUGAAGACUAAAGGACAAUGUGACUAUGCUUUCAGGUACUUGAACACUUGUGACUUUACUAGAAGUGGAUUUUGAAGAGAUAUCAAAGUACUGUAAAAAAAGUUUGCAUCCUUAAUUUAUCCAGGGAAACUUGACUGAUCUUAUUCAUACAGUCCGACACAUUUUGGAAACCCAGUGUGUCCACAAUCCGCUGUUAGCUGAUGCUGUUUGGGGUUAAGUGUGUUCUCUCCUUGCUGAGAGAAAGGAGUUGUUGCCUCGGUACAGAUGUUCUCAGGUUUUCUAGGGAUUUGUAUCAACAGCUUUCUAGUCAUGACUUGCCUCCAGACAACACAACCAAUACAUUGGUGCUUGGUACAAGAAUCAUUCAGGAGAGCUUAGCUAUGUCACACCAAAGGGUGCACAAAUAAUCCACUCUGACGAGUAGAUGUGUAUUCAUCAAUGUACAGUUUUAUGCCUAAAUAUUGUACACUGUAUUCAUAGUGCCAUGUAUACUUUUCACAUGCAGAAUGUUAAAUGCUGCUUUAAUGUGUUUAAAAAUAAUGUUUAUUGCACUGCUAGUUUUAGUAGUUGUGACUUCUGAUCUAACUUUUACAAAAUCUGUUGCUGUUCCUUCACUGUAGCUCUGCUCUCUCUGUAGUUACGGGCCAAACUGCUUCUCUUCUGUAUGACUUUCACAAACUUUCAUUAAAAAUGUAUGGUGCUGA